CGCGCUCUCGCCCCUUGGCCUCCCUCGCUCGCCUUCUUUCUCUUUCACUUUUGCAGGCCCUGCAACCUUUUAAAAUGUUGCCCCUUCGCUGUGAUUCGCCAGACGCCGCGCCGCGGCCCCCCGCACGCUCGCCCGCUCCCUCCGUCGCCCGCUUUUUGUCUCUCGCGCUCCCUCUCCCCACCUCCGAUUUGCUACACUGAGACUCCCGUCAAUGACUGCAUUGAGAGCCGGCUCCGGCGCGAGUUGCCUCUCCGCUUCACGCUCGAUUUCCAGGCAUUCUUCCCUUAUUAAGUAUUCGUGUAAUAUUAAUAGUCAUGAAUAUCUGCUAUUAGGAGGCUCCAGGAACGCUGCCCAGCGCGGUUAUUAGAAGCUGAAGUGAAGCCGCCGCUAAGAAAAGAGGGGGAGACACGGAUUAAGGAACACUCACAGACACACACACACGCACGCGCGCGCGCGCACACACACACACACACUUUUCUCUCUUUUUUUUGCAUUUUUUUUUGUUUGGUUGGUGUUUUUGUUUUUUUCUUAAAGAACUUUGAAUCUUAACCGAUUGCGGCAGGAUCGUGGGUUUGACCAGCUGAAGGCGCCGCGCUACUCGGUGGUACAAGUUCGGAUGGAUCCGAGCGGGGCUCCGACGCUCGCGGGAGCGUCCGCGCGGUGACUGGAGUCCUGGGUGGCGCGGGGCUCUCAGAGUCUUUUGUGUGGGGCUCUCUCGGGCCGCCCGGCCGCCGGGUGCUCCAGGCGUGGUGUUUUUUGGCAUUUUUGUUUUGUUUUUGUUUUUUUUUUUUUUUUUCCACCCUGACUGGUUACCCCAGACUCUUCGCAGAUGUUAGUUCACAGUUUUUCAGCUAUGGACCGUCACGACGGCACCAGCAACGGGACUGCACGGUUGCCCCAGCUGGGCACUGUAGGUCAAUCUCCCUACACCAGCGCCCCGCCGCUGUCCCACACCCCCAAUGCCGACUUCCAGCCUCCCUACUUCCCCCCGCCCUACCAGCCCAUCUACCCUCAGUCGCAAGAUCCUUACUCCCACGUCAACGACCCCUACAGCCUGAACCCCCUGCACGCCCAGCCACAGCCGCAGCACCCGGGCUGGCCCGGCCAGAGGCAGAGCCAGGAGUCUGGGCUCUUGCACACGCACCGGGGGUUACCCCACCAGCUGUCGGGCCUGGACCCUCGCAGGGACUACCGGCGGCACGAGGACCUCCUGCACGGCCCACACGGGCUCGGUUCCGGGCUCGGGGACCUCCCGAUUCACUCCUUACCUCACGCCAUCGAGGACGUCCCGCAUGUAGAAGACCCGGGUAUUAACAUCCCAGAUCAAACUGUAAUUAAGAAAGGCCCUGUGUCCCUGUCCAAGUCCAACAGCAACGCCGUCUCCGCCAUCCCCAUCAACAAGGACAACCUCUUCGGUGGCGUGGUGAACCCCAACGAAGUCUUCUGUUCAGUUCCGGGUCGCCUGUCGCUCCUCAGCUCCACCUCGAAGUACAAGGUCACGGUGGCGGAAGUACAGCGGCGCCUCUCACCGCCCGAGUGUCUCAACGCGUCGCUGUUGGGCGGAGUGCUGCGGAGGGCGAAGUCUAAGAAUGGAGGAAGAUCUUUAAGAGAAAAACUGGAUAAAAUAGGAUUAAAUCUGCCAGCAGGGAGACGCAAAGCUGCCAAUGUUACCCUGCUUACAUCUCUAGUGGAAGGAGAAGCAGUCCACCUAGCCAGGGACUUUGGGUAUGUGUGCGAAACUGAAUUUCCUGCCAAAGCAGUAGCGGAAUUUCUCAACCGACAACAUUCCGAUCCCAAUGAGCAAGUGACAAGAAAAAACAUGCUCCUGGCUACAAAACAGAUCUGCAAAGAGUUCACUGACCUGCUGGCCCAGGACCGAUCUCCCCUGGGGAACUCGCGGCCCAACCCUAUCCUGGAGCCUGGCAUCCAGAGUUGCUUGACCCACUUCAACCUCAUCUCCCAUGGCUUCGGCAGCCCGGCGGUGUGUGCAGCGGUCACCGCCCUGCAGAACUAUCUCACCGAGGCCCUCAAGGCCAUGGACAAAAUGUACCUCAGCAACAACCCCAACAGCCACACGGACAACAGCGCCAAAAGCAGUGACAAAGAAGAGAAACACAGAAAGUGAGGCUCUCCUCCUACCCCGCGCCCACCCGCCUCACCGGCCCGCGCCCCCCACUCGCCCUUCCCCCACCCGGCAGGUGACAGCUCCGGGACCAGCCACUCCUACUGCUGCUGCUACGCCGCGCUGCCGCGCCGCCCCUCGUCCCCGGUCCUCGGGACUGCUCUCGACUGCCAGUGAGGCAGCCGCUGCCUACUCAAGCGCCCUGCCUCAACUUCCCCAUCAGCACCAACACUCCCUUUCCCUCAUCUGGAGCCUAAAAGAACAGAACAGGUCCUGAAGCCAGCAAAGAAAAGUUCUGUCGCGUUUGUGAACCUUUUUUUUUUUUAAAAAUCAAAUCAACAACAAACAUUAAAACUUUUUUUUCUAAAAAAAGAACGUUAAAAAAAUUAAAAAUAUAUGAGCUUCAUGGGACUAACUCAUCGCCUUCCCUUGCAUACUUCAGAUUGUAGCCAUACUUUAAAAAAAGGCAAAGAGGAUAAUGACAUUUUUAUCAGUAUUGUGAAUAAACUUGAACACAAAUACAGAAGUUCUAUGUCCUGUCUUCAGUUGUAGAAGUUGUCUC